GGCUUGCCGUUUUCUCCUAGCUGGUGAUAUUGAGUAGAUACCCGAAAGGAAAACAGCGGCAGAGGAGCGGAGGGAGGUGAGAAGAGCGGCACGGGCACAGGCCACAUUGAACUUUUGCGGACAUGAUAUUUUAAGGCCGAGAACCGACUAAGAUACGAUCAUUAUCAGAUUAUGUGAAAACAAGUGAGCUGUGAAGAUUCAACUCCCUCCAUACAAUCUGCCAUGUUCCGUGGCUCCCCCCAGAAGCUGUGUUUGUCUUCAUGAAGAUUCCUAAUCUUGGUAAUGUGAUGAAUAAAUUUGAGGUCCUUGGAGUUGUCGGUGAAGGCGCUUAUGGAGUGGUACUUAAAUGUCGACACAAGGAAACAAAGGAGAUUGUGGCGAUCAAGAAGUUUAAAGAUAGCGAAGAAAAUGAAGAAGUCAAGGAAACGACACUUCGAGAGCUUAAAAUGCUUCGCACAUUGAAGCAGGAAAAUAUAGUUGAGCUGAAAGAAGCCUUUAGAAGAAGAGGAAAAUUAUACCUAGUCUUUGAAUAUGUGGAGAAGAACAUGCUCGAGUUGCUGGAAGAAAUGCCAAAUGGAGUGACUCCAGAAAAAGUCAAGAAUUACAUUUAUCAGCUCAUCAAGGCAAUUCACUGGUGUCACAAGAAUGAUAUUGUUCAUAGAGAUAUUAAACCUGAAAACCUCCUAAUUAGCUACAGUGAUGUCUUAAAGCUCUGUGAUUUUGGUUUUGCCCGGAAUUUAUCUGAAGGCAGCAAUGCAAAUUACACAGAGUAUGUGGCCACGCGGUGGUAUCGUUCACCUGAGCUGCUUCUGGGAGCCCCAUAUGGAAAGGCCGUUGACAUGUGGUCUGUGGGUUGUAUCCUUGGAGAGCUAAGUGAUGGCCAGCCUCUCUUUCCUGGAGAAAGUGAAAUUGAUCAGCUUUUCACAAUUCAGAAAGUAUUAGGACCUCUUCCACCAGAGCAGAUGAAGCUGUUUUACAGCAACCCUCGGUUUCAUGGGAUGCGGUUUCCGGCUGUAAAUCACCCUCAGUCUUUGGAAAGACGAUAUUUAGGCAUCAUUAGUGGUGUAUUACUUGACCUCAUGAAGAACUUACUGAAGUUAAAUCCGUCUGAUCGAUACCUGACCGAUCAGUGCUUGAACCACCCCGCUUUUCAGACUCAGAGACUCUUGGAUCGGGGUGGAAGCUCCCCUUCCAGAUCAUCCAAGAGAAAAACCCAUCAUUCAGAGAGCAACUCAUCAAGCAGGAAACCAUCCAGUAAAAGUUCUCAGCCACAUCACCGAUCAAACAGUAAAGAUGCUCAGUCUCUUUCUGUUGGAGCAAAACGAAAUGAGGAAGCUCAUCCACCGAAUGAAACAUUCAUUAAUGGAAACCACCCAGCAGGAUCUCAUAGCCCAACAGUCCAUCCAAAAAAGAGUAACCAAAGUGGGUCUGGCAACAAGGAUCUACCCAACAAUUUGCCGCAUCUUGUUAGUCCAAAAGAAGCUAAAUCUAAGAAUGAAUUUGAUUUUAACACUGAUCAAAAAACAACUGAUGGACCAGGAAGCAAAUAUAUGAAAUCGAGUUCCCGGUCCCAGCACAACAGGCAUUCAUUUAUGGAAGGAAAAACUGGCAGUUUACAACCUGGCGAAAGGCAUGCUCGCCAUAGUUACAUUGACACGAUCCCACAGUCCUCAAAGAAGAGUAGUUCCUACAUGAACUAUUCUAAAAAUCAUGGUGUCCUUACAGACUCAAAAUCAGUGGGAAACCUUAGUGAAAGUAGAGGACAGGCAUUGGAGCCAAACAGUAGAUAUUUUCCAUCCAGUUGCCAUGACUUAAAUUCUCCAACUAGCCCUGCUGGUCCUAGGCAUGGUGACAGUAGGGCCAUGUUAAGUCCCUCUGGAAGGACUAAUCGUAAAGAGGGGACCUUAGAGUCUCGAAGGCCUACCACUAGACAUUCCAGAACCAUGGAGGAGCUGAAACUUCCUGAUCAGCUGGAUGGUAGUCAUUCCCAUUCCCACUCGGCUCCACAUGAGUCUUUUUCAUAUGGCCUAGGCUACACUAGUCCUUUCUCCUCACAACAGCGUCCUCACAGGCAUUCAAUGUAUGCGAGUCGAGACCGUGUGCGAGUUAAGGGCAAUGACCAAGGACUCAGUGUUGGGCAGGGAAUGGCAUCAAGGGCAAACAGUCUACAGUUGUUAUCUCCUCAGGUACAACAUCGAACAUUGACAAGAUCUGUUGGAUCAUCCCGGGAAGACUGCACAGAAGACUCUUCUAGGCAGGCUGACCCAGCUCUGUCAGAGGGGAUCAUCCACUCAAGACCACUAGCUAAAGAGCCCAACAGAGAAGGCACAGCUUCAUUUAACACGCGUCAAAAGCCUGAGGGAGGUCCUUAUCAUGAUACACAUGCAGAUGAUGGGGCGUCCUCCAAAGAAAACCGCCAUAUUUUCAGUGACACAGUCCCUAGAAGGGUUGGAAGCUUCUACAGAGUUCCAUCACCUCGUCCAGAGGGAAAUUUUCAUGAAAAUAGCGUGUCAAACCGUAGUUCUUCACACCCAGUUGACAACAGUGCAGGAACAAAUCACUCCAAGAGACAGACUACUUUUGAUCACUGGAAAGGAGUAGAAAAAAGCCAUUCAGAACAAAUCAAAGACAAAGAAAAGCAAAGUUUUUUCCGAGUCAUAAAAAAGAAAAAGAAGAAACCCCAACCAACAGAAUCCACAGAGUCUGAGAAACCGAGCAUCAAGAAAAGCCUCUUCCCACUUUUUAGUUCAAAGAACAAUUUAAAGAGUAGUUCUUCUUUGAAAAAGCUGCCUGUAGUCAAUCUGCCAAUGAUGCCUAAUACAGAAGGUCAGGAACAUCUGGCCAUACAGAAAGGUGCCCUCCCCUCCAGUCACAAAAGCAGCCGGCACAAGGAGUGGCGCCCAGACAAGAUGGCAGAAAUUCACUCACAUAGUCAGCCUCUGAGGUCGUUAUGGAAACUCUUACACCCAUCAUCAUCAAACCACUCAGUUCCCCAAAAUCCACAUUUCCAACCUUUACCAAACCAACCGCCUAAAACACCUAACUUCUCAGAGGCCAGAAUACACCCAAUGGGUCAGCCUUCCAGCUCUGCCCAUCGAAAGGAGGCACAGUCAAAGAGCCGGCAGGGCCUGCAGCUUCCUGGACAGCCGGAGUCGCACUGGCAUGUUUCUCCGGUAAACAGAGGGACAAGUGAAGGAGCUUCUUUUCCCGACCAGCUGGCUUCAAAACCUGGACAGAAUGGCCUGCCUUUUAACCGGACAAAAAGAACCCGAUUGCCAAAUUUGAAUGACCUUAAAGAGACUGCUCUUUAGUUGACUUCUUUGUAAAACAGUCAGUGUAUACAUGAUAAUGAGUACCGAGUGAAUAGCAAUUUGGUAAAAGAGCUUCAAAGAGAUAUUUAAGAAUACCUCCCAGCAUCCUAAAUUUUCAAAAAAGAAAAGUAAAUCUACCAAAACCUUGAAAAUAAUUUUUGGGGAGACCGAUGGUUAAUCACCCAUUGCAAAUUUCUGAGUACAGCAACAUCGCUGCAGUGUCGUUUACCUGCUAUGGCCAUUAUAAAGGGAUCUCAUGCUCAUUGUGACUUCUUUAUUUUACAUGGCAGAGCCAGAAUUUUCAGUGGAGAGGUCUUUUCAGCGAUGUCCCAGAGGGCUAAUAGGAUAUAGUUGCACCACCACUUUCCACUCAUAAUGGGAAAAGCAGUUUUAGGAGGCUAACCAAUUAUAUUCCAUUUUUGAUACACCCAAGCCUGCUCUUGGAUUUACCAAGCCCUGUCCAAAUCUCAGAUUUGAUCUAUUUUUCCAAGCCUCAUAAUCUUAAUGGUUUAAAAGUAAUAAUCCCCCCUCCAAAAAUAAAUAAAAAAUUAUUAUAGAAUGCAGGAGGUAUGUGUAAGCAAGUACUUAUAGUUAUACUGAUAUGUGCAAUACGCUUGUGUGAGGUUACACUGUGCCGCAAAUCUACCCACAAAUACUUUUGUUGAUUGUCUGUUUCUCCGCUGCCAGUUUCCUCGUGACAUUAGAAUGUGCAAUAAGUUAAGAAGAUAAUGUCGGCGUAUCUGAGGAAUUUUCCCAAUUCCAUGAAAAGAAGAGAACCCCAAACCAUUAUGACACUUAUCUAUUUAUAGGACAGAAACGCGUAGCCUUAUUCAGAAAAUACAAUGCUAUUUUAGGCUUAAAUGCUAAAAAAAAAAGUGAAUUUAUCCAGAUAAAGGAAUUUUUAAGGAAAUAACACUUCCAUAUUUGAUAUUUUUUGUAAAGAUUAUUUAUGAUUAAUUCUUAUCAUAGAGUCAUAUCAUUGUUACAACGUCAAGUUAUUUUGAGCUGUUUAAAACAUUGUGAAGCCGUACAACAGCAAAAGUAGUUUAUAUAAAAACUUACAGUAUAACAUUUAUAUAUUGCAUUAAAAGUAUUAUAUAUAUAAAAAUCUAUAAUUAUAUAUAUAUAUAUUAUCUGCACACUCAGACAUUUGUGUGUGUAGUUUGUUUAUAUGUUAAAUUAACUGUAAUUUUUAUAUCUAUAAGCAUAUAUAUAUAUAAGAAGGUAUUGUUAUGAUGACAACUCUGCCAUAUUUUUAUACAUUUGUGCAGUAUUAAUGUACGUCUAAUAAAAGGGAAUAAGACUAUG